CAUGGCUGCGGCGCCGGGGCUGCCCUUGUGCCUGCUCCUGCUCGGGCUGCCCUGGCGGGUCCCGGGCCGGCUGGAGCCUGACACGAGCCGGCGCUUCUCCGAGCACAAGCUCUGCGCGGACGAGGAAUGCAGCAUGUUGAUGUACCGGGCUGAGGCUCUAGAAGACUUUACAGGCCCCGACUGUCGUUUUGUGAAUUUUAAAAAAGGAGACCAUGUCCAUGUCUACUAUAAACUGGCGGGGACGUCGCCGGAAGUUUGGGCUGGAAGUGUUGGACGUAUUUUUGGAUAUUUUCCAAAGGAUUUACUUCAGGUAGUCCAUAAAUAUACUAAAGAAGAACUACAAAUUCCAGCAGAUGAGACAGAUUUUGUGUGCUUUGAUGGGGGAAGAGACAGUUUCGAUAACUAUAAUGUAGAAGAACUUCUAGGAUUUUUGGAUUUGCACAAUUCUGCAACUAGAGAUUCUGAGAAAGCUCUAGAAAAAACUUCUCAGCCUGUGGAAGAACCUCCUGAAGUAUCUGAAGAAAGUGACCCUGCACCUGAUUCAGUGCGAGCUACCUCAGAGGAAAGAGAAAGUGUUUUCUCAGAAAGCACCAAGGAACUCCAGGACAGACAUGAGGCUCAGAAGAACCACCCCCAUGGAAACAGUCAAAGAACUCACCCUCAGGGAGGUCAAUCCUCAUUGGAACCGCUGGAAGACAUGCUUCAAGAUAAAUUAAACGUGUCAGCCAGUGAAAACAACCUAACCAGCAAUGGCUCUCAGUUCUCAAACGAGCAGAAGACUGAUGCUUAUAAACUUUUGAAAAAAGAAAUGACUAUGGACUUGAAAACCAAAUUUGGCUCCACUGCCGAUGCACUUGUGUCUGAUGAUGAGACAACCAGACUCGUUACUUCAUUAGAAGACGAUUUUGAUGAGGAAUUAGAUGAUGAGUACUACGUAGUUGGGAAGGACGAAGAGGAAGAGAAUGAAGAAAACUUGGAUGAGUUGCCAUUACUAACCUUCACAGAUGGAGAGGAUUUGAAAAUGCCAGAGAAAUCUGAAGUUGAGAAAUAUUCAACCGAUAAAGAGCAGAAUUCAAGUGAAGAGGAUGAGGUGGAGGUAACUCAGUCCCUUGGCAUCAAAAAGGGUGAUAAAAAUAUACUAACAACUUGGGAGGAUACUGUCUUCUCUGCUGUCGAAGAAGGUGCAGAACAAACAGGUAUGGAUUUCGAGAGUUCUGAUGAAGAGGAAGAAGAGGAAGGUGAGGAUGGAUUAAUCCCAGACAGCAAAUGGGGGAAACCACAAUCAGCAGCAGAUGAGAAUGACCCUGAAAAGGUAGAAGAUGGUCUUUUGACUGUAGAAGUUCCUAAAACAAAUAAUGACAAAAACCCAUUAAUGGACACAGAACUUCAUAUUAAAGGAAAAGGGAGGACAGUUGAGGAAUCCAACAGGGACCUGGUGGAAGGUAAGAAAGGAUUAGAGGAUGGAAAGAAAGAAGACAGGACUCUGCCUGGUGCCACACAAAGCAGUAACCUCAACUCUUCGCCAGCUGUUGAAAAGGGUAAAGAAAUAUUAAAAUCGGCCUUUUAUAAAAAAGAAAACAAUCUAAAAGGAGCAGUUGUUCAUAUCUCAAAAGAAAUGGUCCAUGAAGAGAAGCCUGGAGAACAGAUUUCGGAAGGUGGCUCAGUGAAUGUAUGGGAACAUAGAGCUGCAGGGAAUGAAAUGAAGGAAGAAAAGAUUAAACAGGAAGCCAUGGAUGGUACACGGCUCUUGGAAGAUAAUGAGCAUAAUGCAUCCAGAGACAGUGUGGGGAAGGGAGUAGAUGCUUCCGGAAAUGGACCAGAACAACACAUGCUCGCAGCGGAACAUCCAAGUGAGGAAUUUAAAGAGGAACAGCUUCUUAAAACUCAAAAUCAACCUCGGUUCUCCUCUCCCGAUGAAAUUGGUUUGUCAGCAGAACUGGAAGAUGAGGGUCCCAUUCUGGGGAGAAAUCUGUCUGGGGAGCCAGGCGGAGAUGUGGCUGCUGCAGUUCACAGGCAAGUGAAGGAGAAGACAGGGCUAAGUGAGGAAGCGGUCACAGGGGACCCCUUCAGGGAAGAGCGUGCUCAUCCACAGCCAGGCGCUCCGGGAGCAGAAACAACAGGCCAGGCUGAUGGCACAGAGGUCCCAGGCUUCCAUCCUGAAAGACCAGAAGCAGAGGAUGACGAUUCCAGCCCUGAAGAACUGCUGGAGGAUGAAAAUGCUGCAAGUGCAAAACAGUCUAAAGAAAAAGGCCCUGAGAUGCAGGACAGGCAGUUAGAUGUUAAUCCGCAAGUCUCUGGAAGUGGAAUUUUCGACCCCAUAAAUACUAAUGUAGAAACUGAAGAAAACAAAGAAAACACUAGUAAUAUUUUGGAAACUGAAAGCAAAAAUGAAACUGAGGGCAGAGGAGUAGGCACGUUAGGCAAGGAACCUGGUGGCCCGGAGGCGGAGUCAGAAGAAAGCCCUCCUGCAGAUCAGAAAGCACAGGGACCAUCGGAAGGGAGUGACUUUCCUGACAAGAGAAACUAUCAGACUCCGGAGUUAGGCGAAGUGCUUCAGAGUGAAGACCCUGCUUACCUUAAAGAAGACAACCCUGGGGAACAGCCAAAGACCUCGGGGCUCGCAGCGGAGCCCGGGCCAGAGCUCUCGAAAGCAGGCCAGGAGGACACGGAGAAGUUCAUGGACACACACAGCCCGGGGGCGGCUGCCGAGGAACGGGAAGGCGACAUCCCCUGGACUGCACACGCAACCACAAGGCCGGAGCACAGCGCCCACAGGGAGGACCUGCCUAUAAUCGGCAGCUUCUUUAAGGAGCAGCGGUCCCUGCAGCGGUUCCAGAAGUACUUCCACGUCCACGAGCUGGAAGCCAUGUUCCAAGAAAUGUCGCGAAAGCUGAGGUCGGCUCAGCGGGACAGCCUGCCCUACAAUGUGGAGAAAGUCCUGGACAAGGUCUUCCGGGCGUCUGAGUCCCAGAUUUUGAACGUAGCAGAGACGAUGCUCGAUGCGCGCGUGACCGAAUGGAGAGAUUCGGGAAUGAAGGAAAGCAACAUUUUUGAAGAGGCCGCGGUGCUAGACGAUGUUCAAAACCUGAUCUAUUUUGUCAGGUACAAACACCCCACAGGGGAGGAGCCUGGACCCCUGGCAACGACGCAGUCUCCAGAGGGCAGCUCGGGGCGGCCAGCGGAAGAGAAAGAGCCACCGCUGGAAGAUAAUUUCCCACAAGAGAACAUAGAAGAUCUCAAAAUGCAGAUUCCCGAGGAGCCCGGCCAUUCAGAUCAACCUGUGACUAGUCACCUGGGUGUCUUAGAAGUGUCACAGAAGCUGAAUACUGAGAAAGACGAACACCCAGGGAUAUUUGUAACGGAAAGCACUCCUGACAAUGCUGUUGACGGAAAAGAGCAACUACAAGUACAUGCCGAAGAGCCAGCUAGUGCGAUGCCUUUCAUGGCUUAUUUGACUACGACGCUCCUUUCUACACUGCCUGGUGAUGUUCAGCCUGAUUUUUAUGGACUGCCAUGGAAGCCUGUACUUAUCACUGCCUUCUUGGGAAUUCUCUCAUUUGUCAUUUUCUUCUGGAGAACCAUCCUUGCUGUCAAGAGUCAUGUGUACCAAGUCACUGAACAGCAAAUUUCUGAGAAGUUGAAGAUGCUCAAGAAAGAAAACGCAGACCUUGUACAAAAAUUGUCAAAUUAUGAGCAGAAGAUCAAGGAAUCAAAGAAGCAUGUUCAAGAAACCAAGAAACAAAAUAUGAUUCUCUCUGAUGAAGCAACUAAAUUUAAGGAUAGAAUCAAGGAACUUGAAGAAACUAAGGACAAUCUGAAUGACACAGCAAAAAAUCUGCGUCUUCUGUUAGAAUCUGAGAGAGAACAGAAUGCCAAGAAUGAGGACUUGAUACUGGAAAACAAGGUAUCUUUAGAGAAGUUAAAGGAUGUUAUUGCCAUGAAUGCCUCAGAACUUUCAGAGGUUCAAAUUGCCCUUAACGAAGCUAAACUUAGUGAAGAGAAGGUGAAGUCCGAAUGUCAUCGGGUUCAAGAAGAAAAUGCUAAGCUUAAGAAGAAGAGAGACCAGUUGCAGCAGGAAAUCAAAGACUUGAAUAAAUCCCACGCUGAGCUCAGUGAGCAAAUCAAAUCAUUUGAGAAGUCUCAGAAAGAUUUGGAAGUAACUCUUACUCAAAAAGAUGAUAAUAUCCAUGCGUUGACGAAUUGCAUCACACAGUUGAAUCGGUUAGACUGUGAAUCUGAAUCGGAGCAUCAGAAUAGAACAGGAAAUGAAUCAGAUGAACUAGCAAAUGGGGAAGUGGGAGGUGACCGAAGUGAGAAGAUGAAAAAUCAGAUUAAGCAGAUGAUGGACGUUUCUCGGACACAGACGGAAAUAUCAGUAGUUGAAGAGGAUCUAAAACUCCUACAGUGUAAGCUGAGAGCCUCGAUGUCCACAAAAUGUAACCUGGAAGACCAAAUAAAGAAGCUAGAAGACGAGCGCAGCUCCCUGCAGGCCGCCAAGGCGGGGCUGGAGGAGGAGAACAAGACCCUGAAGCAGAAGGUGGAGAUCCUGAACGAGCUCUACCAGCAGAAGGAGAUGACGCUGCAGAAGAAGCUGAGCCAAGAGGAGUUUGAGCGGCGAGAAAGGGAGCAGCGGCUGUCAGCGGCCGACGAAAAGGCGGUUUCGGCGGCAGAGGAGAUAAAAACCUACAGGUGGCGAAUCGAAGAACUGGAGGAUGAACUGCAGAAAACAGAGCGCUCCUUUAAAGACCAGAUUUCUGCUAAUGAGAAGAAGGCGCACGAGAACUGGCUCAAAGCUCGUGCGGCGGAAAGAGCUAUGGCUGAAGAGAAGAGGGAAGCAGCCAACUUGAGACACAAGCUAUUAGAACUGACCCAGAAGAUGGCGAUGCUGCAAGAACCUGUGAUUGUGAAACCCAUGCCUGGGAGGCCCAGCGCACAGAACCCUCCACGAAGAGGCCCCCUGAGCCAGAAUGGCUCUUUCGGCCCCUCGCCCGUGAGUGGCGGAGAAUGUUCCCCGCCCCCGAGAGACCCGCCCACAAGACCUCUCUCUGCCACGCUCAGUCGAAGAGAUGUGCCCAGAAGUGAAUUUGGUUCAGUGGACGGGCCUCCGCCUCCUCUCCAGUGCUCUGAGGCACCUGGGAGCCCCUCUGCCUCUGAGCCCGGGUCUGGUGCAGCUCCCAUGAUGAACAGCAGCCCAAGAAGCGCUUCCCCUUCCAAGGUGGGUGAGGGCCAGCAAACGGUUCCCCAGGAGCCUGAAGGCGCUGCAGCUCCCAGCACCACACCUGUGGCUGAGCAUCCAGGAGCAGUGAAUGUGGCUGCAGAAGGGCCCCCUCCUUUCCCAGGCGUGCCCCUCAUGAGCUCCUCCAUGGGAGGCCCGCUCCCACCACCCAUCCGAUACGGACCACCUCCUCAACUCUGCAGGCCUUUCGGGCCUCGGCCAUUCCCUCCACCAUUUGGUCCUGGUUUCCGGCCACCUCUAGGCUUCAGGGAGUACGCACCCGGCGUUCCACCGGGAAAACGGGAUGUGCCUUUCGACCCUCGAGGAUUUGUCCCGGGACACCCUCAUUUUAGACCUGGAGGCUCUCCUGGCCCCCGGGAGUACUUCGUUCCUGGUCCCCGACUACCGCCCCCGAGCCAUGGCCCCCCGGAGUACCCUUCACCUGCUGCAAGAGACUCACUGCCGCCUGGCUCCAGAGAGGAGCCCCCACCUGCCUCUCAGAGCGGCAGCCAGGGCGCCUCCCAGACCUUGAAACAGAGCCCGUGACUCCGACAUGUCGCCGGAGAGGAGGUGGACUGUGCGCUACCCAUUACAGUCUUAAAUCCAGAAGUUUAAAUAAAGUUAGUUUUUAGACCUAAGCUGCCCCGGCAGUGUGCAUUUUUGAGCCAAACAAUGAAAAAAUACCAUUUCUCCCCUUAAAUAAAAAUCACCUCGUAAGCUAGAGCCUCCUCCCAACUUUGAAAUGUGCAAUAAAGAAUACCUGUGUUUUAGUUCAUGUAGCAUAUGUAACUGUUCAAUGAUUUAGAACGUCAUGAAAAAUAUGAACAUUUCCUGUGGAAAUGCUAUAAGAACAUGUAUUUCCAUUUAUUAUCCUGUUUUUAGUGGACACCAGUUGAACGCAGAGCAACGGUGUUUAUAAGCUUGAAUUUUUAAAGUAUCUGGUCGCAAGGACUGUUACGCUAAAAAUGUUUACUAAGAAAUCACUGAACUUUAUCUCCCCUCUUGCUGAAGUUCUUUGUAGUGGAAGUUCAUUAAAAUUUGGUUAUUAAUGUUU